CGAUUAUAACUCCUGAUAUUGAGCAAACAUUUAGGAGGGAAAUACAACAGAAACCGAAGAAGGUACAUAAGAAACUGAGAGGGAGCAUUAAUGAAGAGUUUUAAGAAACUUUUCACGAGUAAACCGAGAACUCACAUCCCUGAAUCUAGUUUUAAGUUUGGAGGAAUGGCUUCGCUCAAAACACUUGACGUCGUUCCUUCUCCUGCAGAAGACGCUCAGAAAAUCAAGAACGCUUUUAUAGGAUUGGGGACAGAUGAGGACGCGAUCAUUGAGAUAUUAGGCCACAGAGAUGCUAAUCAGAGGCAGAAGAUUAGAGAAACUUAUCGCCUGCUUUUCAAUGAAACUCUCAUUGAUGGUCUUAAUAAAGAAGUUUCUGGCGAUUUCGGAAAAGCUGUCAUUCUUUGGACAUAUGAUCCGUGUGAGAGAGAUGCUAGACUGGCAAAUGAAGUAUUGAAGUCGAAGAAGAAAGGUAUCAAGCAUCUAGAGGUCAUUGUUGAGAUGUCGUGUGCGUCGUCUCCUCAGCAUCUUGUGGGAGUAAGGAAGGCCUAUUGCGAUCUCUUCAACUCUUCCCUCGAGGAAGAUAUCUUAGUUUCAGUACCUAUGCCUCUCAGAAAGGUUUUGGUAGGCUUAGUAACAUCAUACAGGUAUGACAAGGAAAUGGUGGACAAGGAUGUGGCAAAGCUAGAGGCAAAUAGGUUACAUGAGUCUAUCAAAAGCAAGGAUUUGGCUCAUGAUGAUGUAGUCUAUAUACUUUCCACAAGAAACUUCUAUCAGCUCAGGGCUACAUUUGAACACUACAAAGAAAAACAUGGAAAUCCUAUUGAUGAGGACAUCAUGAAAUCCGGGAAGGGUGAUCUGGAAUCACUUUUGAAAAUGGUUAUUGUAUGCAUUGCUUCCCCAGAGAAGCACUUUGCACAGAUUGUAGGAACUGCAAUCAUCGGACUGGGAACCGAUGAAGAUUCGCUGACGAGAGCUAUAGUAAGUAGAGCAGAGAUCGACAUGAUGAAAGUAAAGUCGGAAUAUUUGAACAUUUACAAGUCCAGUCUGGAUGCUGCAGUAACUGAUGAUACUUCCGGAGAUUACAGAAAAUUCUUGGUCACCUUACUUGGUGGAAAAAUCUGACUGAUUUAUUCAUUCAGUCGCUUAUAUUAUAUAUAUAUUUGUUUGAAUUCGUGAACCAUGGAUUGUUUGAUUGGUAUUUUGAUGUGAUUAGGAAGAAAGAAACACAU